UCUCUCUUCAUCUCUCUUCAUCUCUCUCUAUCUCUCUCGCAAAGAACGCUUUGGAUACUCAGCUUUUGCCGGCGAAAACGAAACAAUGGGUGGUUGUUGCGUCUCAACGCCUCUCGAGAACGAUCAACCUCCUCCGCAACAGCAGCCGCAGACUCAGCACGUCGAACGCAAGAACGACGAAGUGAAGAACGACGAGGGAUUCGUCAACUGGCCAUUCACAGAGUUCUUCCUCUCCGAUCUCACGAUGGCGACCAAGAACUUCAGUUCCGACGAGAUCAUAUCAGAGAGCGCUGAAGAAUCUCCUAAUGUCGUCUACAGGGGUCACUUAUCAGAGAAUCUUGGCUUCGUCGCUAUCAAGAGAUUCAAGAAUACGCCUUGGCCUGACCAUGAGGACCUUGAGUCCCAUCUUUUUCAGGUAGAGGCACAAGAUGCUGCGGAGCUAAAGCACAAGAGACUCGUCAAGUUGUUAGGAUACUGCAGCGAUGGAGAUGAAAGGUUUCUUGUUUCAGAGUUCAUGCCUAAUGAUACUCUUGCUAAGCGUUUGUUCCAUCAGAAAAACAUGGAAUGGUCAAUGAGGUUGCGAGUGGCAUAUCAUAUAGCUGAAGCAUUAGAUUACUGUAUCACUUCAGGUUUCGCAAUGUACGAUAACCUAAGAGCUAACUCGGUUCUGUUUGAUAAGGAUGAUGAUGCAUGUCUUUCCUGUUUCGGUUUAGUGAGGGAGGUCACUGAUUAUGAUCCAAGACCAACAGGAAGUGUGAACACUGAGAGUGUGACAUACAGAUUUGGUACCAUCCUUGUGAAUCUGCUAACCGGAAUGCAAACUUCUCCAAGCCAUGUUCCUGAGAUGAUAAAUGGAAAGGAUGUUACGGACUUGAUGGAUCCAAAUCUGAAGGGAAAGUUCUCUAAAGAAGAAGCUACUGUAAUCUUAAAACUCGCCUCUGAAUGUUUGCAGUGGAAGAAUAGAAAGAGUCUCAUCAGUAAAGAGGUUGUUGCAACACUUGAAGCGUUACAAGCUAAAAAUGAAGUUCCAUCUGCUGAAAUGGUUGAACUGGCAAAGCGGCAAGAUGUAGCAUCUUCCAGUCAACAACAAGAAGCUGAACCCUUGCAUGAAGUUCCAUCUUCUGAGAAAACAAAGCAGCAGGAGGAAGCAUCAUCUUCGAGUCAACAGCAACAAACUUGAACACUGAAUCUUCUGAUAUCAUAAAAACUUUGGAACUCUUCCCGAAUUUGCAGCUUUGUUGGUUUUUAGAUUGAGGGUGUUUUGUGUAUUUUCUAACAACUUUAAACAUGUGUAUCUUGUUGCAUGCACAAAUCAUGCAUAGUACAUCGAUAUUUUUUCGGUCA